AUGGAGAGAGAUGCCAAGAUAGGAGAAGACGAAUCAAUCAUGAACCAGCUGCACAGUCUAAGGAAAGAAAUGAGGAACAUGCGAGUCACUCGGGGAAGUGAGAGUUUGGAUUAUGAUGAUCUAUGCAUACACCCGGAUAUUGGCAUGCCAGUAGGGUACAAACCUCCUAAGUUUGAUAUUUUUGAUGGGACAGGUGAUCCUCAUGCACAUUUGAGGGCCUACUGCGACAAGUUAGUAGGAGUAGGAAGGAACGAGAAAUUGAGGAUGAAAUUGUUUAUUAGAAGUUUGUCAAGAGAGGCGCUCACUUGGUAUACUCGCCAAGAUCCUCGCAAAUGGAGCGACUGGCAGGAUAUGGCUGGGGAUUUCAUGAAUCGCUUCGGAUUCAACACUGAGAUCACACCAGACAGAUUUUCUCUGAGCAACAUACAAAAGAAGGCGACUGAAUCAUUCCAGGAUUACGCAAGACGUUGGAGAAUUGAGGCUGCCCGAGUUAUGCCCCCAUUGGACGAAAGCGAGCUCAGCAAGUAUUUCAUUCGAGCUCAGGAAGGCAUCUACUUUGAAAAGAUGAUGGGAUCAAUGGGCCAAAAGUUCGCAGAUUUGGUCAAAAUGGGAGACUUUUUGGAGGAAGGAAUCAAGUCCGGAAAGAUUCAAUCAAUGGCUGCGCUACAAGCCGCAAGCAAAGCCAUACGAUCACGGUUCCAUUAG